UUUCUGAUCUUCUUCUAUUUCAAUUGUUGUCUGUUGAAAGAAAUACGGGCCGGGAGAUAUUAGAAACUGACAGGCAUGACGGAGGUGAAAGGCAUGACGGAGGUGAAAGGCAUGACGGAGGUAAAAGGCAUGGACUUGGAGAUGGAAGAGUUACACAUGGCUGCUUCAGCUUACUAUAACAAUGCCUCCACGGAAUUUAAGCAGCUAGCACGGGAAUUUUUCGAGUCAAUGGAUACAAAUCAGGAUGACACCGUCAGCAUUGAUGAGUUCGUGGAGUUCUUCAAAGAUAUCGACAACAUGGACCGCAACUUUUUCGCUGCGUUGGACAGGAACGGGGACGGCAACUUGCAAUUCCGCGAAGCCCUCACGGUGUUCUACAUAUUGAUAGCCCGGCGUUUGCUCUGCGACAACUGCGGAAAGAUGAUACUGGGACUGCAUUUUACGUGCGUCCAAUGCUUUGACAGAGUUAAUGAACAAUCCUACGAUCUAUGUGUCACGUGCUAUAGCAAAGGAGGUUUCCAACACCCCCACACCAACUUCUUGGAUAACUUCAUGUUGCUAGGCUACAUGGGAAGGCUUCCUCCACCUGAAGAUACGAAUCCGACACAAGUACAACAACUUGAUGAAAGUCCAAGUGUUCAAGCGCUUGUUGCUCGAAGUGGAGAUGCAAGAGUCAGGAAACGAGUCAAAGCAUUUAAAGCGUUGAUGACGGCGGUUAAUAUUGUGAGUGCGGUGAAUGGUUGCUCUACCAUGUGAUGCGAUGGUGCAUGAUGAAAAGAAUAUUGGGUCUUUAGAUUUAUUUAGGUUUUAAUAAUUAUUUAAAUUUUUAGUAUUUAAUUUAUGUUUUAAGUGUCGGUAUUCAAUAAUUGGCUCGACUCAAAAGUCAGUUAAAUUAAAGUUGAGAUUGUUUUUAAGAGUUAUAUUAUUUUAUAAUUCAAUAACAAGCUUGGUCCAAAAAUUCAGUCACACUAUGGGGAAUUUUUUUUUUGAAAGUGGGACUCUUUCUUUUUGGUUGUGAGACUCUAUCAAGGUCAGCGAGAUUCUAGUUCAACUUA